UUAUUGUAUAAAUCGAAUGUGAUAAGCCUAUACGUGCCGCUUAAUCAUAAUAAAUAAAAGUUGGACUUUAUUUUGUUGGGUUUUAUAAAAUACUGUAACAUAAGUGAUUACAAUAAUAAUAUGGGAUUAUUCCACUAAUAUUCUAAGCUAUUUGCAAAAUAAAUGCCGUGAAGAAAAGGAUUUCUAGAACAGCAAACCAUCUCUGUGAGCAAGAAAUAAAAAUAACAAUAUGAUGGUCGUGUACAAUAUGGGAUUUAUUCCGAUGCUGAUCUUAACGCUGUUGGUGGUGACAGUGGCGGGACGGGCACUAAAAUCAAAUGUCUCUGGUGAGGAACACAUGCAAAAUGACGGAGUUAUCAUGCGGGCGGAAGACGGUUUGCGGCAAUACAGAGGACCAGCAGUACACCAUUUCGCCAGACACGGUCUAUGUAACCAUAGUUUUGGCAAGGUCAGAUUCUUCAGAGCACUCGAAAAACACUUCCAUCACAUAUCAGAUGAUAUGAAAAUAUCAUUUGUUCUUGAUAUCUGCGAGAGACGAGAUGAGAUGCUGACAAAGUGGGUUCAGGAAAUAUUUGAUAAAGACGGUGACGGAUACAUCAGCCAUUUUGAAAGGGAUAUCGACCGAUGAGCUCAUUAUGAUAGCGUUCGUCACACCCAAUGAAGAACAGUUUUGUGAUACAACCGUGUAACGUGAAACAGUAUUUUGGAACCGGAUACGUACAUUGAAGGGAAGAACCUUAAAUGGAAUAUCGGAUUUAUACGUCGGACAAUUAUAAUGACAAUAGAGCAUGUGUCAACUUAAGUACCUUUCAUAUAAACUUCUCAAUGGUGCCGAGCGUUUGUUAUACUACCAGGAAUUUUCUAGUUUCCAGAACAAGAAAGAAACAAACAUAUGUUGAGAAAGCAACGUAAAUUGCCAAUGUUUUCGAUACGUUACGUAAGCGUAUGUUAACGGUGAUCCUUAUGGACACCACUACCAUCUGUGAUAACCUUGUUUUCGGGGUAUAUAGGGAUUCAUUAGUUGUCAUUGUUGUUAUUUUGCAUUUUACAAACAUAUCUUAUAUGUUUUAUGCAGUCAUCACGUCAAUGUGUAAAUACUGCAUUGUCUAGUCAUGUUUGUUAAGUUAUAUUUCGUUGUUUUUUGCAUGCCUUUUCCUGCCAUGCUAUUAUUCUUUCUAAUGCGCGUCGGAAAAACACCAACAAGUUGUAUCGCGUAGAAAUGUUGAUAUGUGAUACAUGUUUAUAUGUGAUUUAUUUAUUUGUAUGUCUAUUACCACUUAUAUGAAUAAAGAGGAUCCCUUUUUCUACAAUAUAUUAAUCAUAGGC